GAACGAUGUUCUGGCGACAGGUAUCAUGUCAUUCAUGAUGCACGAACUUAUCUACUUUGGACGCUCUUUGCCCUGGAUCUUCAUAGACAGCCUGGGUUUCUUUAAAAACUAUAAGAUUCAAAGUGUAUGAAUCGUUGCACACCUGAUCAGGAUUGGAUGUCAAUUGACAAUCUUUCACAGAACAAAGUCCCGUCGUUGCGCGAGCAAUGGGACUGUGCGAAGUUCGUGCUUCUAAGCCAUUUUACCGUUGAAUUGCCUCAGAUCUGGUAAGCUUCCCAAGAUGAUAACCAUGAUAACCCGGUCUUAUCACCUACCCUUCACUAGGCUUUUCCACCCCAUGGCCCAGUUCUUCGGCCUCUCGACUUCCGUUCCAUUCCCCUCUAUCUGGACCAUGGCUUAUCAGAUCGCAAUCUUCUUCAUCCUGGAAGACACGUGGCACUAUUUCUCUCACCGUGCCCUUCAUUGGGGGCCUCUUUACAAAGCCAUUCAUAAGAUCCACCACCAAUACUCGGCACCUUUCGGUAUGGCUGCUGAAUAUGCCUCUCCAAUUGAAGUCAUGAUCCUUGGGUUCGGCACUGUGGGCUGUCCAAUUCUUUGGUGUGCGUUUACCGGGGACUUACAUAUUUUCACUAUGUAUAUCUGGAUUGUCUUGCGGCUAUUCCAGGCGAUCGAUGCACACAGUGGCUAUGAGUUCCCUUGGAGUCUUCAUCAUUUCCUUCCCUUCUGGGCUGGAGCCGAUCACCAUGAUCUUCAUCACGAGAAGUUUGUUGGUAACUACUCGAGCAGUUUCAGGUGGUGGGACUACAUGUUGGACACCGAGUAUUCUCCAGAGGCGAUCAAGCGCAGGAGGCAAAAUAAAGUCGCCGGAAAUGUCAAGAAAGGCCAAUGAUUUGGUUCUGCUCUCCGUGCCCAUGCACAGACCUUCACCCACGCUCUUUUGGCAUCGCUAUUCAAACAAUCGGCGAAUCCUGUUUAUGGAAUCUACCGUCGUGCGAAGUCUGAGAGUCACUUUGAGG